AUGGGCUUCCAACAUCCAUUCCAAUGCGUAAAAUGCCUUGAACAAUCGGGCCCACCAGCGAAAAGUUUUCUUGUUGCCGCUGCUGGUCCCAGGCUGUACGUCCUGGACCGCAAAACAGGGAAUCGGCUAUCAGUCUGGCCUUCACCUGUAGUGCCAGAGACCAAGGGCAUGCAUGCAAAAAACUCUGAUUCCCCCGAUCAUGGCGGAGCUGAGAGCAGUGAGCCUCCAGAGAAGAAGCGGAAACUAUCUCCAACUCCCUCAGAAAACGGCCUUGGAGUUGCGGGGAAUGAAGAAUUCAAUACCAAAACCAAUGGGCCAGACAAAAUGCAAGACUUGAAGCUGGAAUGGUCGACAAUCCCGAUCGUGACACCUUCGAAGUCCGGUAAACAUAUCGUUGUCGUUACCGCAGAGGAUAAGUUUAUACGAGUCUUUGCAGUUGAUCCAAACGGAGUGCUCUCCCAGUUAAGCGAACGAUGUAUGCCCAAACGGCCAUGCGCAGUCGUUCUAUCACCUGAUGAAUCCACGAUCCUAUGCGGAGACAAAUUCGGAGAUGUCUACUCUUUGCCAUUAUUCCCUAGGAAUGACUACAAACCACGUCCCAAGAAAAGUUCCCAGGCAUCACAUCCAGCCCAGCCGUCUGCUUCAGCCCUCACUGUCCAUACAAAGCGAAAUUUACAGGCGCUCGAACAGCAGCUAAAACGUGGCGCGACCAUAUCUGAGAAAAUCGGACCUCUCUUUGAACUCAAACUCCUUCUCGGGCAUGUGUCUAUGCUCACUGAUGUCGCAUAUGUGACUUUAUGCACAGACGCUGAAUCCACUGUUCCCCGCCCGUACAUAAUAACGGCGGAUCGAGAUGAGCAUAUUCGCGUUUCCAGGGGGCCCCCUCAGACUCAUGUAAUUCAGAGCUAUUGCCUGGGCCAUACGGCUUUCGUGAGCAAAUUAUGCGUCUUGCCAUGGAAUACCUCGACUCUGAUUUCGGGUGGGGGCGACGAUUAUCUUCUAGUGUGGCGCUGGGCGAAAGGUGAACUUGUGCAAGAGGUUCGAAUUCCUUUAGAUGGUGAUGACAUGGUAGCCUCGAAAGGGGACUCCAGUGAUAAAAGAGCGGAGAAUAUCUCUGCAUCCGAAGUGGCUGUGAAUGGGAUUUGGCCAGUAUCGCUUGCAGAGAACGAGUCGUUGCGAAACAAGACACCGGGUGUGGUUAUCGUUACUUUGGAGGGGAUUCCAAAACUCUUUCCAUUUACUCUUAGCCUUGACAGUAAGAUGGUCGCGCAGAGCCCCGUUGGUCUCUCUGGUAAUGCACUUGGGGUUACAUCCCUCGAUAACGCAGGAAACAUCAUUGUAGCAGUUGACAAUGUCCACGAACCUGGGUCGGUAAAGGACCAACGCAAAUCUCCCGAUUCGUUGACGCGUCUCAUUCAAGCAUUUUCUGUCUUAGAAGAGCAGGGAACUAUGAAAUGGACGGAGGUUGAUACCUCCAUGGUGAAUACGGUCAACGGACUGGGAACAUUUGAACUAGCUACGUCUGAAGAGGAAAAGGAGAUGAAGAAACUUGCACAGGCCCUCACUGCUACACUAUAUAGUUUUGGGAACUUGCGGAAAUGGGGGAAGGGAGAUGAUGAAUGA